UCAUUUAUUUUGACAUUUCACGAAAGGUCAUUCUCGAAAAUGGCCGCUUCGGGAGGAAAUAUUGAGUGGUCUACUACAGUUAAACCAAUAUUAACGGCUCUGUAUGGCCCAUUUUUCGACAAAAAUGACGCUGUUGAAAUAAUACAAGCCAUCAUUAAAAGUGAAAGCGAGUUCCAAAACCAUGACGAUGCCAAUGACUUAUUCUACACAUGCUUUGCAUGUCUCUCGGCACAUUUUAUUAGCAUCAAUGCAAACAAUUUGCCAGCUGAUCAACUUGGAACAGCUCGUGAUGCAUUCAGAAUCAUACUCGGACAAAUUCUUAAGAAGCUCUCUGAAGCUGGAUUGAGCUAUGACGACACCACCAAUACUGCUGCACCAAAUGUAUCUGUUAAGCAGCUUCUCCUCCCAAUUGUGGGCUUGUGUGGGAUUGACGGAGGAGGCCUUCCACAAUCUGACCUUGUAAUAUUGACAUCUCUGCUUAAAAGUGCGAAGUUGCCUUCUAAUGUCAACACUCCUGAUACACAAGUUGCAAAAUCAUCAGUUAUACCAAGCCCCAUUUUGGCUUCACAAUCGAGUACCAAUGCACCGACGAAUACUCAGCGCAGAUCAGAUGCACUGCUCGAACAAUUGACAAUGCCUUUGAGGAAUCCAGUCUCCUCGACAGCUCAAACACACCCCGUGCCAGGGGUCAUGACUCCCGGAAGUAAAGAUACCAUGGACAGCGCUAAGGACGGGAAUGGUUCCCAACAAGCUUCCAUAGACAUGAAGAAGUGGGUGGCAUCUACGUGUGCAUCAUUGCUGAUGGAGCUCCGAGCUGGCUCCGUGGUGCUCAAGGUGUGCUCCUCGCUGCCCUGCCUGCAGAGAUACCUCAACCGCUGGCAGAACGCCAAGGAGAGCGCCGUAGCGCCACAGUUUAACUCUGAUGUCACACUCCUUCAUUUCCUGGUGAACGAAGUGCACGUGUGCCGUCUCGCGCUGUCGCUGCCCUGCCUCGAGCCCUUCACGCCGGAGCGCAUCGCCGCGCUCAGCGACGUGGCCACCGCUUGGCUACUGUGCUGUGCCACGGCCCAGGCCUCCCUCCACCCGAAGGACGAGGAGAGUGAGCAACAGACGGCGGCACUAGUGGAGAGUGCGCUCAGUCUUUACAACACCGUUGGAGACACAUUCAAACAGUCUACGCGCGCGGGUGGCUACGUGUACCAGAACCACCUGAUGAUCGGCGCGUGGGUGCUGCUCUGCGGGCUGCAUCACGCGCUGGCAGGCGCGCCCGGCCCCGCCGCGCCCAACAGCCCUGCCAAGGUGCCCUCCAGGCCCUACAACCUUACCAAGAUGCAACAAGGCCUAAGCGUAGUGUGGGUGGCGCUGGGCGGACGUUGUCUCGCGUGGACGAGCGCGCUGCUGUCGGACGCGCGGCUCGAGGCGCUGAGCGCGUCCAGCGUGCCGACGUCCACGUCCGCGGCGCCUGCGCCGUUGCAGAUCCUGGCGCACCACACCGCGCACCAGAGGGAGCUGCGGAUUGCGGCCGCCGCGCCGUUGCAUCAGUUGCUGGUGGCGUUGGGCGUGGUGUGCUACCGCAAGGCGACGCACCUGAAGCGCGCGGUGCAGAAGCAGCACACGGACGCCGACCCGGAACGCUCCGACUCCACUGUCUACUUCCAGGACAUGAUACUCUGCUCUGAAGACUCCGAAACUGACGAUGAAGACAGCGAACCACUGUUCGGGCUUUGGUUCGAAUCAACGCUGGUCGCGCCCGACGCACUCGACAACUGCUUGACCCGAGCAGGCGCCAACGACAACAACGAUGCUAAUGACGCCAACGCGCGCUCGCAGCAGGCCAUCGUGCCUGACAAAGCUGAACCUUAUUCUUACAUAACAUUAGCGACAGAGGUGUUCAACCUUUUGACGGAGGAGAUAAUCUGCGAAGACUCUGAGAGGCUGGGGCCGACGGCGCAGCAGCUGCACGAGUCGCACACGGCGCUGCUCGCCGCGCUCGCUAAGGACUUGGAUAGAGAGACCGCUAGGACUGACACUGGAACAAUAUCUUCGUGCUUCGGAGCCCGUUUGGGCUCAUUGUACGCAUCGUUCAGCUCUGCGCUGGUGCGGUACUUGCACAACCUGAGCGGCGCGCCCGCGUUCGCGUCGCUCCAGCCAGCGUUACAGCAACAGUUGCUCGCCACUGGCUCCGAGAGGAACAACACUUCGAGCUACUCCUCGCCGUUGCAGGUUGGUCCACGCGUAGUCAAACUGCUCGGCAGCAUGGUCCUCAGUAAACCAGCCUCAGAGAGAGAGAACAGCAUACUAGUGAUGUGGCACAAGAUCAUUAACACGCUGCAAGAGUGUGCUUUGCAGCUGCAGCCCAGCCAGGAUCAUGACUAUGAAGAUUUGAAUGUUGAACAUGCCCAACUCCUUGUGUAUUUAUUCCAUUCGCUGAACUUGAUGCAAAAGAAGUCUGUAUUGCUUUUGACAGCAAAUGCAAUUAUCAAGGUAGUGGACACUCUGGGCAUCAGCGACAGGAAGCGAGCGUUGAACUUAGCGCCGCACCAACUGAUGCUGACCACGAGGAUUAUGCUACUAUUGGAGUAUCUGAUGAGGCACCUUUACGACGCUCCACAGGCCUUGUUGCAGCAGAUCGAAUGGAACUUGGUGAUAGCACCAGGCUUGGCACAACCUUCCCCUGAUACUAACAACGCAGGCGCGAAGACCACGACAGACAACGGACAGUUGAAGUCCCGCAUCUACUGCGAAGUGCCGUACGUGGAGGAGGCCUACAGGCUGCUGACGCAAGACGAGACCUCCAUGAGACCGAAGUUCUACGCGCUCACUAAUGCUGAGAUUAAUAACCAGGAAAACCCUAAACUUGAUGGUCUAGCUUCGAACUUCGUGUUGGGUACCCCUCACAAGCUCAAGUACCCGCUGCUGGUGGACGCUCUACUGUCGCUGCUGAACUCCGCCUGCAUCUGCGACAACCCGCAGUACACCGCGGCCACGCCCGCGCUCGCCGCCGCGCACUACUGCUUCCAGACCGCUUGGCGGUUGGUUAUAAGCAUGCCCCCCGCCACUCCACACAUGGACAAGCUACAAGCGGGCAUAGCGGCCGAGCUACCGUCGCCUCUGCCGUUGCACGCGCUCAUCUGGGCGCCGCGCGCUGACAACAAGAAGGUGUUCAACCCCUGGCUCAAGGACGCGCUCGUUAAACAGGGCAUGUAUACACAGUAUGCAGAAAACCUUCUAGCUGGAGUGAGUGCGUCGUGUGACAACAUCAAGUACACGGCCUGGCUUGCUUCAGAGACUAUCAAACAUUUGAAGCAAAACAUUAACGAAAAUGGUCUACCGUCACUGCUUGACGUAAUAUCGUGUGACUCGGCCUUAGUGAGGCUGAAAGUGUGCCUCGUAGACUCCUCGUCCGCGUCCGAGGCGCAUCAGUUCAUGCCAGAUUUGUUGGAGCUGCUUUCAACUGUGCUGGAUUGCUGCUGCCUUAGCGCCGGUUUGGAGAUGGGCAUGCAGAAUUUGACCAACGCGUCGGACAUCGCGGUCGCCACUGUACAGCUGCAAGUGUGCGCCACCAUGGGCCCAUCGCUGGCCGUCGGCUCUGACGACGCUCCCCCCGUGUUGGGCACGUCGCUAAAGGCACAUUUGCCGUCUAACAUAGCCACCGUGAUUACUAUAUUCUCGCCUGCCCCGCUCGCUUGUAUUGACCAGUCAUUCUACGCGUCCCACAUCAUACCAUCAGAGAGCGCAGUACUAAGCCUCAUAUCGUCUCACUGCGAGCUCAUGAGCAGUAUGCGUAAAUACUCCAUGGGGACAUCGCUCAUGAUGCUCGCGUACUCUGCGGCGAAGCUUCUAGAAGUAGGUGCUAGCAAGCUGGCGGAUAACCCGACUCUUACGCAUAAGGCCUUGGAUUUGGUCGUUCCGGCUUUGACGGAUGGGCGUCUAGAGUUCCUCGUGGAGCCGAUGAGCGACACGCUAGUCGCGCUGGUGCCGCAUUCCAACAAAGCGGAGCAGCUUAUACACGAGCACAUACUGACGACUACGUACGCAGUGCUCGUUGACCAUCUGCAGCCUUCCACGGAGAAAGUUUUAGGGGAGAUGGUGAAGUACUGGGAGGAGAUUCUCGAUCGACCAGCGGGACGGGCGGCGUACGAGAAUGUAUUCGGCGACAAGACCAGCUUCUCUCUUGGCAAGAUUUUACUGUCCGCUCCUAAUGCAAGGAAUUCUUACACGGAACGAGUUAUCAAAUUAUUUAUCAAGAUAUUCUCCGGAUGUGACGAAUCGGACCAGACCAACCCACUUUGUGUGUCCGUGUGUACGUUCCUCGGUGUCGCAGAACAACAGAAACUGCUAAAUCUGCUCGCCCACGUUUGUUUGGUUACACCAGCAAAAUCAAUAAACGGUAACGUGGGCUCGGCUAGCGGAACGCCGACGGAGGCCGAGCUGCCGACGCCGACGUCGUCCGCGCCCGACGCCGGCGGCGCGCCGGCGCACGCCGUGCGGUACGCCAUGCGGUCCAUCUUCCGCAACAACAACGAGCCCGCCAGGAACGACAACGCGAACCGCAGCGAACAGGACCUACCCGUAUUUGAUGCGCCGGCACCGGCUCCGAGAGUUCAGUCAGAUACUGUGCAGCCAUCAGGAAACUCUAAAGCGGAAACUAGUAGCUGGCCGGAAGCUAGCAGCAAGGAGAGCAGCGCUGCGCCGCCGCCAGUCGACAAUAUCAACAUUACAUCUGUAGACAACAGCAAUGACAAUGCGACCCUGCUCACUUUGCUUUGCAAGCAUAUUGUGUUACAUGGAGGAGAGAAAGUGUGCGAGCGCAUGGUGGGCGCACUGAUCAGCGUCAGCGGGGACACGUGCACGCCGCUGCUGCUGCGCGAGCUGUGUCGCUUGGCCGACGCGCACUCGGGCUCGGACCACCGCCAUCUCUUCCCCGCCGCCAUAGCAUGGCUGUCCACGUGUGUGGAGAACUUGAGCAGUGCAGAUGUUUUGGAGAAGUUGGAAGAAGGACAAUUGGACAGCAACCUCACGUCGCAGAUUGAGUCGGCGUGCGUCCUGCUCUCCUACUUGACCGACGCGUUGCACGCUAUCGGCACCGCACAACCACAUACUUGGCGAUCAGUCAGCCCGACUUGGGAGGCACCAUCCGAUCUCGGUUUUGAUUUUGACUACACUGAUGAGCAGCAAGAUGAUGAUGAUACCAGCGCUGAUGACUCUGACGAGGACGCCAUGCUGCAGUACCGGCUGUGCACUUUCACUGUGACGCAGCGCGAGUUCAUGAACCAGCACUGGUACCACUGCCACACGUGCAAGAUGGUGGACGGCGUCGGCGUGUGCACGGUGUGCGCGCGCGUCUGCCACCGCGGACACGACGUGUCGUACGCCAAGUUCGGCAACUUCUUCUGCGACUGCGGCGCCAAGCCCGACUCGAGUUGUCAAGCUCUAGUGAAACGCUCCGCUACGCUGGGCGGUGCUCGGGGAGGUGCCGGCGGGUCCGAGGAGACGCCCCCCGCGCCCUCCCUCCGCCGUCGCCCGUCGAGCCCGACCCCGCCUGCUUUGCUUGCACCUCCGCGCCGCCCUGUGUUGGCUCACAACAUUCAAGGAUGCCGCUCGUUCCUUCUCUCGUACAACAACUGGGGGCCUUGUCUCGAACGAGUUCGUCGUCUGCUGGCGGCUCUGGCGGGACCGGUGCGCGCGGCGUGCGAGCGCGGUGCGGCUGUCGGCGCGCACGGACGGGCUCAGCGCGCGCUCGCUCAGCUGCACCUGGGGGAAAAGCGCUUCACGCACAUCGACUCGCUCAUGGUGCCCACUCUCGGAUCUCAGGAGGGCGCGUUCGAGAACGUGCGCAUGUCUUACACGGGCGAGAACGGGCAGACAAUCCGCCAGCUGAUGUCCGCGCACAAGCUGCGCCGCGUCGCCAUGUGCUGCCUCGCCUCGCCGCAGGGCCGCCGCCAGCACCUCGCCGUGUCACACGAGAAAGGAAAAAUCACAGUACUCCAACUAUCUACGUUACUCAAGCAAGCUGAUUCAUCGAAACACAAGUUGACUCUCACCCGACUGUCCUCUGCACCAAUCUCCUUUACUGUUCUGAGUCUCAGCGGGAAUCCAUGGAAUGAAGAUCUGUUAGCUGUGUGUGGUUUGAAGGAGUGCCAUGUGCUUACUUUCAACAGCGGUGGCGCUGUGGCCGACCACCUGGUGUUGAACGCAGCUUUGGAAGCAAACAACUACGUCAUCAAAGCAAUAUGGCUGCCGGGCUCGCAGACGCAGCUGGCACUGGUGACGUCAGACUUUGUCAAGAUAUUCGACCUCAGCAAAGACCUCAACAAUCCCAUGCACUACUUCCUCGUACCCAGCGGAAAGGUCCGGGACGUGACGUUCGUGAACCAAGAGGACGUGAUGCACAUGCUGUGCAUGAGCUCCGCCGGCCACAUCUACUGGCAGCCGAUGACGGAGGAGUCGCGCGCCACGCUCGGCACCUUCUAUGUCACCAACACGCUUGAAGUUCUACACCCGGAGAUACAGGACGUAGCUGGUUUAGUCGGCAGUGGUGGCGUAUCGAUAUACUAUUCGCACACACUCAAGAUGCUGUUCUUCUCCUACGCACAAGGAAAGAGCUUCCUCGCCCCGCUGAAUACUGUUGAAGACAGUGUCAAAGGUACGGCGAUGAUAACGCUGUCGGCGAGCAGCUCGCAGAAGGAGAGCGGGCGUGGCAAGCAGGGCGUGCAGUCGCUGUGCCAGUGGGCGGAGGUGCCCGGCCACCCCGGCCUCGUCACCGCCGUCAUGCAGGCCUCCAACAACCCCGUCGUGCUCAUGCUCACGCCGAACAACAUCCACGUGCAGGAGAUCAAGGUGGUGCCAGCGAAGGCUAAGAUAACAGACAUGGUAGCGGUCCGCCAUUGGUGCGGCGGCGGCGGCGAACAGAAGAGCACGCUCAUCUUGCUGUGUGAGGACGGCAGCCUGCGAAUGUACGCUGCUAACGCCGAGCACACCGGCUACUGGCUGUCGCCCGCCAUACAGCCGGUACACGCGCCUAGGCGCAGGCCAAGGCUGCUCACCCACCAUUCUAAAGGGAAAACGCAACAGGCUGUUAUUAAAUCGAACUCGAACGGAACGCCACAGUUUCCGAUCGACUUCUUCGAGCACUGUGUCGCGAUGAGCGACAUAGAGUUCGGCGGCAACGACCUGCUCCAAGUUUACAACACGGCACAGAUAAAACAUAGACUCAACACAACAAAUCUAUACGUAGUAUCAACUAAGAUGAGUGGAUUUGUUAUGGAAAUAACGAAUUCUGAUCCGAACAUGGUGAUGUGCGGUAUACGAGUAUUGCUCGGCACUCAGGAUGUUGCCAGGACACCCGCUUACGUUGUGAUACAUGGAAGAUCAAUUCAAACGGCUGUGGUCAGAAAUCGUUGGUUCGACAUACCUCUGACGCGUGAAGAAUCACUGCAGUCUGAUAAGAAGCUGGCUAUUACCUUUGGACCCUCUCAAGACCCUGACGGCGUUACCAUGAUAGACUCUGUGAAAGUGUAUGGCAAGAAUAAAGAACAGUUCGGAUGGCCUGAAGAAAAUGAAGAUCCAUCAUCUUGCCCUUCAUCUAGCAAAGUUACACAGGAGUCAGACAGCAGCACCGGUGCAUGGAAGCCGAGUUCUCUCGAACGUCUAGCGUGCUCGGCUCUAGAGGCGCUGGAGCUGGGAGCCAACGCGCCGGCCACCACGGGCGCGGCGGCGGGCGCUGAGGCGGGCACCGAGGCCGCACGCAAGCUGCUCUGCGCGCCCUCGUCUGCGCACUUGCACGCACGAGCGCAGUGCCUCCUGCGCGCUGUUCACCAGUCGCAGUACCAUCAAUUCAAGGACCAAGCGAUCCUCAAGUACGUGUGCACGUCGCUGCGCGAGUUGCGCGACACGGCGGACGCGCGCAACAUCGACCCCGAGGCGUACUUCCGCCUGUUGCUGCUCGCGCGCGGCGUGGCCGUGGCGCGCCCGCAGCACCUCGUCAAGUUCAGCGCGCCCACGCCGACCAAACCUGACAGUGGUGACUGGUCAGUGCUAUGGAAGGGCGACCAACAAGAGGAAGAAGACAAGGAGCCCCAUCUCUGCGCUCUGCUGAUCAGCGUGCUGUGGAAGCUGGCGGGCUGCCGCAGCCACACGGCGGGCCCGCCCGGCAUCCUGUCGUACGGCCUGCGCCACGUGGAGCACACGCUGCACGCGCUCGCCGACACCAUACACGCGUUCCAGUUGAACUCUGACCCUGAAUGUAUCGAUUUUGGCAAUCAAAUCUAUCUAUCGCUGCUGUUAGCGGAAGACCAGAUCAUCAGCUUCGGCGCCAAGGCGGCGUUGAUGAGAGUGCUACGUCCUCGAGUUAAGAGGCGACGCGUAUACAUACCGUCUCCUCCGAACACUCCAGGCGCUGCAUCGUCAGUAACAACUGCACAGCCGGCGAGCUCUAUAACUGAGGCCGCAGUUUCGGAGUCCGACCUCAGCACCAACCGCGACGAGCAGCAAGAACAAUACAUGGACGUUGAUGACUCCCUCGAACCAAUGGUGUUGCUCGCACCUGAUGGAGGUUUGGAAGCUCUGUUAGAUAUACCGGCAGACGCAGACGACGAAACAAUGGUGGAGCUAGCCAUCGCACUGUCUCUCCAAGAGCAAGGCAGACGCGCGCCGCACGCGCCCGCGCCGCCUCCCCCCGCGCAGCCCGCGCAGCCGCCCGCGCACGCGUCGCACUCCGCGCCCGCGUACAGCGACGCUACUGCGUCGCCUAAUGGAUCUGAUGACGAAGGCAGCACAGCCGCCACGGACGGGAGCACCUUGCGUACGUCGCCGGCCGAGGCAGGAGGAUCGGCCGCCUCAGACAGCGGAGGCUCUGCCGCCGAGAGUAUUGGCGGAGUGUCAGGACGGAGCAGUGCUUAUGGCGAGAUGGUGUCAGCGCCAACCGGCACAGCCUGCACCACCGCCAUGGAAGUGUCCUCUGCUGUUGCAGCAGGACCAUCAGGAUCAUCUCAACCCGUGGCGUCGACAUCCCGAACGGUUGAAGUGGAGAACGAGACGCGCAAACUGCACGCGUUACGUCUAUCCCUGUUAUCGGCGGCGCUCGAAACUUUGCCGACUCUAAGACGGCUGCCCGGCGUGCGGGCUAUACCGUUUGUACAGGUCGUGCUGAUGCUCGCUGGUGACCUGGACUCCAGCGUGGAGACCGACCGCGUCGUACUCGAGCGUCUAUUGGACGUGUUAGUGGCGGAGCUAGACAUCCGACCCGAGGAGGGCUACCCCACUGGAGAGACCGCCGAGCGCCGCGAGCUGCAGCUGGCGAUCAUGCGGCUCGAGCUGUUGGUGUGCGAGCUGGACUCGCAGGCCGAGGAGCCGUCCCCGCCCGUGCACGAGCGCACCAAUAGGAGGGAGCUGCAGCUGGUCAUCAUGCGGCUUCUCAGCGUACUAAUGGCGCGGUGGAAGAAUGGCAGCUCGAGCGGCACUGGCAGCGCGAGCAACACAGCCACGCGUGGCGACUCCGGCUCGGGCUGCGCGGCGCAGGUGUCGCGCCUGGCAGCCGCCGCGCUGGUGAAGGCUGGCGCGCCGAAACAUUGCUACAACGUGCUCGCCGCGCUGCUGCCCUACUGGAAAGAGAAGACUGCCAGUACAGUUCCAAAUACAACGGGUCAGCAACUACUGAAACCUCAACCUCUGCAACCUUUGCCGGACAUGCAACCGUUCUUUGUUAAAGAAUAUGUUAAAAGCCACGCUCUAGACGUGUUUGACAACUAUCCGCAACUGGUGAUGGAGAUGGCGCUUCGGCUGCCGUGUCAGAUCUACAAGCACUGCGACCCGAUGCACUUCGACAACCAGUGGCGUACUCUGCUCUGCGAGUACAUGAUAAACCAGCAGACUCCGCUCAGGAAACAAGUGCGCAAGUUGCUGCUUCUGCUGUGCGGCACACGCGACCGCUACCGGCAGCUGCGCGACGUGCACGCACUGGACACCAACCUGAACGCCGCGCGCGCGCUGCUCGGCACCGACCCGGCGUACGACAAGCUGGUGCGGCUCAUGGACCAUUUGAAGGCGUGCGCAGAGAUAGUGUCGGCGCGCACGGGCAAUUGGCAGCACACUUGCUGCUCGGAGCGGCGCGAGACGCUCGGCUGGCUGGUGCGGUCGGCGCGCCGCCUGCACCCGCACGUGGCGCCCACCGUGCUGCAGCUGCUGCAGGCUGCGCUGUGCGCGCCGCCGCCCAGCGCGCCCGCCGCGCCGCCCUCCACCACCCCGCCCACGCCCGCGCCGCAGAGACCUGCGCAGGACAAGAACUCAUCGGAAUGGCCGGAACGCGAGCGCAGUACUGAAAGUGACGCCUUCUCGUCUGAUAUCUCCAAGUUCCAGGAGCAUAGAGUGCCGCAACUGGUGCAGCAAAUACUGCAGCAGGUUCCCAAAGACGAGUUGAAUUUGUUCGUUAAAGUUUUCCUCCUGGAAACUAAUUCCACUGCAGUGCGCUGGCAAGCACACGCGUUGCUUCUCGCCAUUUAUAACAAUUGUUCGCAAACCGAACAAGCGGAGCUGGUGUCACUUCUAUGGGGCCUGUGGCCCACGCUGCCGCAGUACGGACGCAAGGCGGCGCAAUUUGUGGACUUGCUGGGCUAUUUCACGCUCAAGACGCCCAAUAUUGAGACAGAGAACUACAUAGGCAGCGCGGUAGAACUCCUCCGCAACCAGAACCAGCUGUUGUCAUCCCACGGCAACGCGGCGCUGUACGCGGCUCUCGGCGCGUACGUUGAACUGGACGGGUACUACCUGGAGUCAGAGCCUUGUCUUGUUUGUAACAACCCCGAAGUGCCCAUGGCGACCAUCAAGUUGCCCACCAUAAAGAUCGACUCGAAGUUCACCACUACGACUCAGAUCGUCAAGCUGGUUAACAGUCACAUGAUCAGUCGCAUCAACCUGCGCAUCGGAGACAUCAAGCGCAGCAAGAUGGUGCGCACCAUCAACUUCUACUACAACAACAGAACUGUGCAGGCUGUUCAAGAACUUAAGAACAAACCUGGCAUGUGGCACAAAGCUAAACGCGUACAACUUCAGUCCAACCAGUCGGAAGUGCGUGUAGAGUUCCCUCUGCCCAUCGUCGCCUGUAACCUCAUGAUGGAAUACGCUGACUUCUACGAAAACCAACAAGCUACAGGCGAAUCCCUGCAAUGUCCGCGAUGCAGCCAGUCGGUGCCGGCGAAUCCUGGCGUAUGUGGCAACUGCGGUGAGAACGUGUUCCAGUGUCACAAGUGCCGGGCCAUAAAUUACGACGAGAAAGACCCGUUCCUGUGCCACGCGUGCGGCUUCUGCAAGUACGCCAAGUUCGACUACACGCUGGUCGCGCGUCCGUGCUGCGCGGUAGACACCAUAGAGAACGACGAGGAGCGCAAGAAGAUGGUGCAGACCAUCGGCGCGCUGCUCGACAAGGCUGAUCGCGUCUACCGGCAGCUCAUCGCCAACAAGCCCGUGCUCGAGUCGCUAGUGCACAAGAUAAGCGAGCACCGGGUGGAGGGGCGCGCGGACGAGAACAGCAACGGCGGCGGCGGCGCGUUCGGCGGCGCGCAGAUCAACCGCGUCAUACAGACGCUGGCGCACAAGUACGCCGUCGAGAGCAAGGGCCACUUCGAGGACCUGUCCAAGAUCAUACAGAAGGUGUUGGCUUGCAGGAAAGAACUAGUGGCAUACGACAGGUCACAAAGUGAACAACUGAAAGGAGACACGUUGCCGGUUUACGCCGGUCUACUACAAAAUUACGACGGCGAUGUCACUAAAGACAGUGGCGGAGCCUGCUACGGAUGUUCUCUUGCGUGCGCCGAGCAAUGCCUCACCCUGCUGCGUGCGCUUGCGUCGCAGCGCGAGCAUCGCGCGCGUCUGUGCCGCUUCGGACUCGUGCACGAGCUCGUGCACCACAACCUGCACCGCGGUACUCCACAGUGUCAAGAAGAAGUCCGCUCUCUGAUCUGCCUGGUGACGCGUGACAACCUGCCGGAGACGGAGCAGCUGUGCACGCUGUUGUCGCAGAGGAUUACUCUGUCGCUUAUGGGCCACGCGGCGUCGCAGGACCACAAUAAUUCCGUACGACCUCUUGUUCUACUUCUGGGAUCUUUAGUCCACGUGCAAGACUCUAUCGAGUGUUGGGAGGUUCGUCUGCGGUGUACUGUGAAGCUGUGGGUUUGGUGCUGCCCUCAGCUGACGGAAGUGGUGGGCAUACCCCCCGCUGCUAACGCCAUUCUGAAACCCGAAGUUCUGGCCGGCAUACCGGGCAUCAAUACCUCUUCACCCAAUUCUCACCAGUUCGCGCUGCAGCAAGUGGCGCUGCCGUGUCUGCGCUACAUGCAGCAGCUGAUGGGGUCGGCGACCGCGGCCGCGCCCGUGCCCAUCCCCGCGCCCACCACUGAAGAACAGGCCAAGGACAACACUAAGCAAGAGAGCCCACCGGCAGCACCCCCCGCGCCGGUGCUGCCCCCCACGACGGGCAACCUGGUGGUGGACCUGUCGGCGUGGCUGGCGGGUCGCGUGCCGCACCAGCAGUGGCGCAAGCUGGUCGCGCGCAGCGAGACGCCGCCCGCCGACACCACGCUGCCGCCGCGCGACCUGCACCUGGCGCACAAGUACCUCGGCAAGUGGAAGGAGAAGAUGCUCCUCUCUAACGGCAUGCGCCCGCUGGCGUUAGACGAGGGCGGCUGGCUGCGCCCCGUCAUGUUCGACCCGAGCUCGCGCAUCGCCCGCUUCACCGCCUGCCAGAUGGUCAACUCUCUGUGUGACUCUUACGAGAGAACCAAAGCGGUCCUGAUACUGCUGACAAGCUUCUUGCCGGAAGUUGGAGCCGCAGGGGAAGCCAGUGAACAGUUCCUCGAUCUAUAUAAAAGUUUAGCGUCUGAAGCGCCUUGGAAGCAAUUCCUGGCGUUGCGCGGAGUGCUGCAACAAAUAGCCGAUCUCAUGACCAAAGAAAUUGAUCAGUUGCACCAUCUGGAGGAGACCACGCUCACAUCAGACUUGGCUCAAGGUUACGCAAUGAAACGUCUGACGGAACUGCUGGCAAUGUUCUUGGAGCACGUACCGGGCGCACGGCGCGCGUACAAGGGGCGUCUCGUGGGCGCCGUGCUGGGCGGCUACUUGUCGCUGCGCCGCCUUGUGGUGCAGCGCACGCGCCUCACCGACGACACGCAGGAGAAACUGCUCGAGCUGCUCGAGGAGAUGACCACAGGCACGGAGACAGAGACCGCGGAGUUCAUGGCGGUGUGCAUCGAGACGGUGCAGAAGUACCCGCUGCACGACUACCGCACGCCCGUGUUCAUCUUCGAGCGGCUCUGCUCCAUCAUCUACCCGGAGGAGAACGACGUCGGCGAGUUCUUCCUCACGCUGGAGAAGGACCCGCAGCAAGAGGACUUCUUGCAGGGCCGCAUGUUGGGUAACCCGUACUCGUCCGUGGAGCCGGGCAUGGGUCCUCUAAUGCGCGACGUCAAGAACAAGAUAUGCACGGACUGCGAACUCGUCGCGCUACUGGAAGACGACAAUGGAAUGGAACUACUCGUCUGCAACAAGAUUAUGUCCCUCGAUCUGCCCGUCAAAGACGUUUAUAAAAAGGUUUGGUGCACGUCCGGCGAGAGCGUCGACGCCAUGCGCGUGGUGUAUCGGAUGCGCGGCCUGCUGGGAGACGCCACCGAGGAGUUCGUGGAGGUGCUCACUCAGACCAAUGCGGAGACGGUGGACGACGAACAAGUGUACCGCAUGGCCAAUGUUCUUGCUGACUGUGGUGGUCUGGAAGUAAUGCUGCAGCGGUUAGCGGCGAUCGGUCGCGUAGGCUGCGCGCGUGCGCUAGCGGGCACGCUGCUACGGCUGCUGUCGCUGUGCGCACGUGUGCGCCGAUGCGUGCAAGUGCUCACUCAGCCCUCUGCGCGUGCUCUGCCCGUGCUCUUGCACGCUUUGAGUCUGGCCGCCUCGGACGAGAAGGAAAUGCAGCGUGCUCCACUAGUAUACCAACUUUUGGAGAUAAUGGAGCGCAUCCUGUCUGUCGCUUCGAGUGAAAGCCUCGAGUCGUUCCUUCAGUUCUCACUCACGUUUGGCGGUCCAGAACAUGUGCAAGCUCUUCUUAAUUGUACUGAAUGUCCAGGUAUCCGCAACAACUCGAUCGCUCUGGGCCACCUCACCCGCGUGCUGGCCGCACUGGUGUACGGCAAUGAUCUCAAGAUGGCGAUGCUGGUGGACCAUUUCAAGCCCGUGCUGGACUUCGAUCGCUUGGACUCUGAGCAGUGGACCGAGGAGGAGUUCCGUAUGGAACUGUUCUGCGUCCUCUGCGCCAACAUAGAGAAGAACACCAUCGGAGGAACGCUUAAGGACUAUCUGAUAUCUCUAGGAGUUGUUCGAGAUGCGUUGGAGUAUAUUGUUAAACACGCGCCGUGCGUAAAGCCGACGCUGGUGUGCACGGACUCGGACGAGCUCAAGGAGUUUAUCAGCCGGCCCGCGCUCAAGUACAUCCUGCGCUUCCUCACCGGGCUCGCCGCCGAGCACGAGGCCACUCAGAUGUUAGUAUGCGAGAAAGUGAUACCGAUAGUGCACCGCUUGGAGCAAGUGUCGUCUGGCGAGCACGUGGGCUCGCUGGCCGAGAACCUGCUGGAGGCGCUGCGCUCUCAGCCGCAGUGCGCCGCCAAGGUGCAGCAAGUGCGGGACUUCACCAGACAGGAGAAGAAACGGCUGGCCAUGGCGGUGCGCGAGCGGCAGCUGGGCGCGCUGGGCAUGCGCAGCAACGAGCGCGGCCAGGUGACGGCGCAGUGCUCGCUCACGCAGCAGGUGGCCGAGCUGGCGGAGGAGGCGGGCGCCGUGUGCUGCAUCUGCCGCGAGGGCUACAAGUACCAGCCCACCAAGGUUCUCGGCAUCUACACGUUCACGAAGCGCUGUCCGGUGGAGGAGUACGAGGUGCGCGCGCGAAAGACGCUCGGCUACACCACCGUGUCGCACUACAACAUCGUGCACGUCGAGUGCCACAUGGCCGCCGUCCGGCUCGCUAGGACCAGAGACGAAUGGGAGAGCGCCGCGCUUCAAAAUGCGUCGACGCGAUGCAACGGACUGCUGCCUUUGUGGGGGCCGCACGUACCCGAGUCCGCGUUUGCUUCGUGUCUAGCGCGACAUACUACUUACAUACAGGAGUGCACCGGCCACCGCGACAUCGGGCACACGUGCAAUGCUCAUGAUCUGAAACUGCUGCUGCUGCGGUUCGCGCGCGAGCGCAGCUUCCACGACGACACAGGCGGCGGCGGCCCGCUCUCCAACAUGCAGCUGGUGCCCGCCAUCGCGCACAUGGCGCUAUACGUCAUCAACACCACUCGUGUGGCGGCGCGCGAGAUGACCGCGCUGGAGGCCAGCCUGGCGUGGGCGGCGCCGCGUGUGAUGGAGUCCGCACACGACGCCGAGGGCCCGCUCUACUACCUCACCAUGAUGCUGCUCCUCUACCCGCACACGAGAUGGCGCACCGUGCGCGUGGACAUGCUAGCGCGGCUGCUGAUCGUGGCGCACGUGCGCGCGGUGGCGCCUGUGGGGCCAGCGCUGCGCGCGCUGCCCGCCGACCAGCGCGCGCCGCGCCCGUGGCCCGACUACAAGCCCUACGCGGUGUUCGUGGCGCUCAUCAACCUGCUCUACAUCGUCAUGUUCAAGAACGUAAUGCCGACACCAACGACUGAGCAAUGGCCGAUCAAGCUGGCCAACUACAUUCGCUACAACGACGAGGCGAACGCCAAAGCCGCCGAGCGUAUCGUCCUCACUCUAUACGACGAGCUGCUGCCUUGCUCCUCCUUCGCGGAGUUCUGUGACGCUGCCGGCUUCCUCGAAGACAUCCCCGACCCGGAUGCCUUCCUGCAGAACGUCAUCGAGCAGCUGCCUUGAGAGCGGCCUCACGCGCCCUACUGUCUCAGCUACAACGGGUGCAUGGCCUGUUGAAUGGCGCCGAAACUAAUUUUAUUUAUUAAACCCUCAGACCAAUUAGAGAAGGACCAGUAUCGCACCCAAAUUUACGAAAAUUGUCUGUCAUUUUCUGAGGAAAACGAGCUUAGAUUUCGUAUCUUACACUAAACUAGAAGUUUUUGGCCGUUUUUAAUUUACAGCAUUUAACUACACAAAACGGUAUUUUUACGGAACUCUUUAACAUCGAUUACUUUAUAGACAGUUUGUAUAAUUUAACAAGAUCGUUGAUCAUAUACUUUGACAGAAAAGUAACGUCUAGCGAGACAGGUCCUAUACAAUAAUUGGUCUGAGAUUAAACCCUAUAGAACUCUAAAGCCGCAGUGUCUACACCCCGUCGAGGUGUUUUAUAUCGAUAUGUUUGUUGUUCCAUAUUCCAUUUAACGUAUUACAAUUUUUGGCGCUUAAAAUGUAUCCCGCUUUGUGUUGCUUCAAUAAAGGUAUUCAAUUCUGAA